GAAACGUGUGCGGUGCUCUGUUGAGGUUGCGAUGUUAAUUUUCUUAUAAAUUAUACUGCCUUUUAUUUUAUAAUGGACGAAAUAGUAGUCGGCACCUAUGAAGGCUUUUUGCUAGGAUAUUCACUUAGUUACGAAGAUGAGAGAAGCAAAAUUAAACAAACCUUUGCGACACAUUCUCAUACUGCUUCAGUGCGAUGUGUGUCCAUAGCUGGCAAAUUUUUAGCUUCUGGUGGCACUGAUGACAAAGUAGUGGUCAUUGAUAUGAAGUCCCGAAAAGAGCACACUGUCCUCAUGAACCACGAUGGUACUGUAAAUACUGCUGCUUUCACACACAAUGGGACACACCUCCUUACUGGGAGCGACGAUGGAUCAAUUAUUGUGACGAGAACUGGCAAUUGGCAAAUUGAGAAAAUAUGGAAAAAAGCUCACCAAGGAUUUCCUGUUACUGAUAUAGCAGUGCACCCAUCUAACAAACUAGCUCUUAGUAUAGGAGGUGACAAGACACUAAGAACUUGGAACUUAGUAAAGGGUCGUCCUGCUUUCACCAUAAAUCUUUCCAGCAAGGGUGUAACAUUGCCUACUGAAAUAAAGUUUUCACCUACUGGCGACAGAUUCUCCCUCAUUCAUGAACAAAAUGUUGAUGUCUGGACAAUAAGUAAAGCAGGAAUUGAGAAACAAAUAAAAUGCACUACUAAACCAACAUCAGUACAAUGGGUAUCUGAUGAAAGGAUGUAUGUAGGAUUGGACAAUGGAAAUAUUAUAUCCUUUACUGUCUCUGACACUCAAGCCCUAACUUACAAAGCCCACAAACAAAGAGUUAAGUGUCUUCAUUACAAUAAUGAUGUAUUAUAUUCAUUAUCCAGUUCAGGAGAAAUUAAAGUUUGGUCAGAGAAUGAUUCCAAAUUAAGUGAAUUAAGCUCAUACAAUGCUGCUUGUAGAGUCACCUGCGUGACAUUGAACAGGCAAAGCCAACUUAUCAAGAAAGAGGAGAAAUCAGGUGAAGGACACUCUGAAGCAGAGGAGAGUCUUGAGCAGACAGAGGAAAAAGAUGACAGUGAUGUUUCUGAUGAGGAACUUAAUGCUCCAUCACCACCACCAAAGAGGAAACCAGGAGCCUUUGUAACCAUCAGUUAUGGAAAUGAUGAAGAUGAAAAAGAAGGAGGUGCUCCACCUAAGAAGAAAUUUAAGAAAAAGAAAAGAAAUAAAAAUAAAAAUAAGAAAAAUAAAGUAGUUCAAUAAUUAAUGUA